CGCAAGCGGAGAGGCCAAUCAUUUGUUUUAUGCUCAGUUAACUUUUGACCUACACAUGCAGGUCGUGAUUGGUUGUCAUGCCGGCGAUGAGGUCAGUGCAAUUUCGGUAAUUAGCGCGGCAUGCAUGGUUCAUUUGAGGGUCUCUCAGAAUCUUUUGCGAGCUCGAUUCUGUUCAGCGUUUACCGCUCCAUUCCCGCUUCAUGGUUUUUACAUGGCUGAGACCUGCAGGCUCCAGCGAAGUAGACAUCCGCAGACAGGCAGCAUAUUAACGACGUGCACGUUUCCAUAAAUGUCACAAUUACACAAAAAGCCAUCGAAGUUGAGAACAUUAGCAAUCAGAAGUCAUCAGAAACAUAGCGGAAAUGUGACUAGUCAGACCGCGUAGUCAUUCGAUCCGUCCGUUAAAAAAUCGAUCAACCAUGGCAAUAUAAUUGCGAUGGAACAUUGGUAGCCAAAAGUCAAUAAAAUAUUUUAAGCCUGGUUGAUACUUCAUGCGAAAGCGAAAGCGAAGCGAAAUUCGUGACGUCAACAGUACGUUCGAAGCGCGUCCACCAUUGUUGACGACAUGAAUUUUGCUUCGCACUUGCUUUCGCGUGAAGUAUGAACCGGGCUUUAGAAAGUUGGUACAUAUUGAAAAGCAAAUGGAUUUCUCUUCCUCGGGAUGAAUUUUUUAUGCUUGCAUUACGCGCGUUCUGCGUAUUAAUUUACAUAACAAAGAGUCUGUUGGGCGCUCAACUCCCAGCGGCUUGCAUCCAAUUUGCAACUCGGCUUGCAUCGAAUUAGCCAACGCGCUUGUAAUUACGUUCAAAAUUAGUGUCGGCAAUUUACGAUCUUUUAGGAGAACUCUGUCUUCGCUCAUUAACAAUGCAGUUCAGUAUGUACAGUGUUUCAACCUAGCUACACUAGUUACCGCUCUUCGGUAGUAAGCUACGACAGGUGGAACAGACAGUAUAUGCUCCAGUUUGCAACAUGCACAACCUCCUUGUAAUUGGUUUAAAGGUGGUGUUCCUGGUCGUCUUGGGCUUUCAUGUUGUCCUCUGCCGCGGAGGGUGCCCAGACGGUUUCACCUACUUCGAGUAUUCGUGUUACAAGAUCCACGUUUCGCCUGAGCUGGACUGGCCCGGCGCAAGAGACGCAUGCGCAGCCGGCUCCAACGGCAGCCAUCUUGUCUACAUUCAUAGCGAGGCCGAGCAGUCUUUCCUCCGUGGCCUGGCUCUCGAAGCGUCGGCGGGGAGUGGGGUCCACCUCUGGAUCGGUGUGACUGCGGCCGUGAACGGCAGUCUCGAGUGGCUGGACGGUAGCCGCCUGACGUACACGGCGUGGGAUGAGGAUGGGCCUAGAGCAAACGGCAGGGACUGUGUGCGCCUCAGACCGGAUAAGGAUUACCUUUGGAACGACAGGUUCUGCUAUAUCAUGUACGGUUACAUAUGUGAACAAGCAAGUUCCUCAUGUCAUGCAACCUCCACUGAUUUCACCAGACCAACGUCGGUCGGUAUGGCAGCCACCUCAGAUGAGUACCUCAUCAGGAGUACCAUGACGUCAUCCCUGUCGCGUUGCUCCCACGUGUGUUCAAAGAACGAAGAUUGUAAGAGCUUCAACUACGACGUGGCGUCGGCUCCGGGCAAGCGCACUUGCGAGUUAUUUUCGGCCGUCUUUGAAGACAGCGAGAUGGAGGCACGUCCAGGUUUUGCUUAUUAUAAACCCAAUUGAGAUUCAGUUCCAAAAAUAAUAAAAAGCAAUAAAGCUCAUCUAUAUAAUUUCUCAUUCAUGUGAACCCUUUGGGCAGCUGGAUUAGUACAGGGUGGUGCAAAAAGAAGGAAACCCACUUUUGAAAGGAAUUUUAACCUACUUACACAUGUACUUAAAUUACUUGAACUAGGUUUUUUAUAUUGUAGUGAAGUGAAGCUCUUCCACCAUACGUGGUGAAAAAAAAUCUUUUAAAAAAUCGCAAGAAUGUUGUUUUUAUGCUGAUUUGAGUACAAGUUGUCCACGUGUAAGUCUAGUGUAGUGUUUUUGUCUUCAAAUCAAGCUCCGGAGCUCAGUCAAGCGGAUGGAAUAAAGCCGUCCGUGGACAAACAGGUUAGGCACAUGAAAAUUUUAAACUACGGUCUCAGAGACAAGAUAUGCAUUUGCAAUCAUUUAUUCGUCAUUUAUGUUUAAAGAUCAAUAUUUUAAAACCAUUUAAUUGAAUUUUUGAAAUAUGCUCAACAAGUAGGUGGAAAUUACUGUCAAAAAUGGGUUUCCUUCUCGUUGAACCACCCUGUAGUUUCAUGAAAGUUACUAUUUUAGGUAGGUGGUGUCCUACGAUAAAGAUAGCACUAUUUUCUGGCUAUGACGUUUAUAAUAAUGAUAUAUUUCGAGAAAUUGAAGGAGUCUUGUUUUGCGACAUAUAGCCCACAGUACUACCGCAAUAGACAUUACGCAAUUAUUUAUAACAUGAUUUGCAUGAAUAAUUACCACUGUGCGAUUGUCAUCCUUUGAGUAUAACAAAGUGGCUAUGGUACGCCAUGUAGAACACGUUGUAUAUACGCAUAUUAUUAAAUUACCAACCGCAGGCGUUGUUCUACUCAUGUCAUUGAUUAGUGUUUCCGUUUCGUAUGACUGGUCGUCACAUCAGCGCAGCAAACAUUAAUGGAGCAAUAUGAUUCUCAUACAAAACAAUCACAUUCAAACUGUGAACUAAGCACACGAUUCCAGUUGCAUAAUUCCAGCACUUUCAAAUAUCAGUUGAAAUUAAUGGACGUCAAAACGCACAACAAAAUCUUUUUCUUUAGAUCUUUAUAUUUAGGGAAUAAUUACGUUAUUCUCCUUGUGUACAUAUUCAGGAGAAAUUAACAGAGAGACACUCGUAAGGAAAGUAUUCGAAAUGUAGGAACACACACAAAGAAUACAUUUCUCUUCAUUUCUGAGGGUUUUUUUUCCAGCAUAAUGUAUACUUCUAACGUGUUUCAUAAUGCCAACACAAUCAAUGUAUCGACCAGCUUUUGUCGUCAAGAUUAAUUAAGAGUGCCAGCCAGCUGCUGGUUGGGAUGUAGGCCGAUACCGGCUUUUAUCGAACACUCUCGCUGUUUCAUUAUUGCGGAUAUUCCUGAUGAGGAUUUUUCACACCGUGUGGUUGCGCGGGUUUCAUUUUAACACCGUGGCGGUCAAUAAAAGCCGGUCUGCCGUCAGGGGCACUGUCCCCGGUAGACCGACUCGGUUUAACCAAGUCAUUGAGAUGCCCAAGAAAGAUCAUGGUUAAACAGAAAAUCGGCAGUUUUGACGAUGAACAUUAAUAGGAAAACAAUGCAAUCUUGCGAUGUGAAGUGGAUGAACGACGCACACCGUAUAGGAACAUUCACAUCGAUUUCAAUCAAGAGAAAUUUGUGUAGGCCUAUCUCUCUUUUAUUUUUAACUUGGCCACCGGAAGCCACUGAGCACAACAAUAAUUUUACCACAAACAAAUGCACGAAAAGUCAAUCGAGUAUUGCAAGAGAAAAACAAGAUAUUAAAGUAUAAACCUUAAAACCCUUAGUUCCAUAUGCAUUAAAGUUACAAUUUAUACAGACAUGGAAUAAACUAAGUUGCCAGCUCUCCUAAUAAAGGGGAAUGAUAAAGGUGAAGUACUUUUGAGCUUUAAAAAGGCCAUGGGUGCAAGUACCCCUCGAAAGAGAGAGGGACGAAUUAAUUUUGCAGGAUAUCUCUUGGUAUGCAGAGAUAUAGAUUCACGUGCCGCGCACGCAAAAAAGCGAUGCAAGAAACUCCCACUUCUGGACUGGCUCCCAUCCUUUCUUGCGUAAUCCAGAAUAUAGAUAGGGCCAUGAUGUUAUGCCAAC